ACGCCUCGUAAGAAAGAUUCAUAUGUCGUAUAUAAGAAUUGAUUUGAGAGUAAAAUAGAACAAAAUUUCUAGCUGUCCGAAAUUAAAAGCAGAAUGCAGAGUCCGCGAGCAGACGGAAAAGAGAUGGCUAAAAGGGAGGGGGAAUGAAAAAGGCGUGCCCCUUCGCUUAGGCCAUUUUGUAAGGCGUUGUGUUCGGGUGGUGAACGUGUCGCUAGGGGCUCGUAAAAAACUACCGUGUAAAUAGCAAAUUGUGGUGAAAACAGUUCGAUUGGGUUAUUGGGUCUUAUUGCCUCUUCCAUCUACACGUAGUGAUUGUAAUCGGCGACCAAAAAUAGUGAGUAUGGAGAAAAAAGGAAGGUGAUCAUGAGACACGAUUUGGUCUGCAACAGAGCCAAGCAGCGUUGGGCUGUUGACACGCAUUCAUGCUUCAUGUACCUUAACGCCUUUGAUUCAUCGUCAACAGAUUGUUAGCUGGUGUGCAACUAUAAAUUGUGAUUUUUUGUACAGUUUAAUCGAGACUAAAUCAAACAAUCAUGGGGGAAGUUAUAGAAAUUUUAAAAGUAGAGAAUACUUACUUACCACAUGAUGAGAUGAGUGAAGUAGUUGCUGACUUGUUGGUUAAAAACUCAGAUCAAGGUACUCUUAUAAUACCUGACAUGAUAGACUCAGAAGUUCUUACACAAAAUGGUCAAAUUAUUCAGAUUAUUGGAGAAUUUGAGUGUGUUACUUGUCGACGUAUGUUCCCAAGUGAAGAUAUGUUGAAAGAACACUUACAAGUAUGCAGAGAGGAAGAUGAUGAUGCUGAGUUUCUAGAAUUAGGCAGGAUGGGUGACAUGGAUUCCGAAGAGGAAGAAGAGGAGGAAGAAAAUGAAUACAAAGUAGAUGAUCCAGACUAUAAUACUGAAAAUUCUAAUCCAUCAGAUUCUCAAAAUAUGAAAAAUAAUAAUCAAAAACCAGCAAUCAAACCAGUAUCAGAAGACCAAUGCCACUGUUGUGCAGAAGAUGUCAAGACUGCUCAUUCUGGCGGUCCUUUUAAAUGUCCACACUGUGAUUUAUCAUUUAAAAAAACAGCUUCCCUAGAGAGACAUUCAAUAGUUAUUCAUUGGGAAGUUGAUUCAUGCGUAUGUGAAGAUUGUAAUGCUACUUUUCGAAAUAAAAAGGCUUUGGACAAACAUCGCUAUACUACACAUAUGAAAACAAAGAAAGUAUACAAAUGUGAUAAAUGUGAUACUUAUUUUUCGAGGAGCUAUCAUUUGAAUCGCCACAAGCAGCAGUCGGGAUGUCACGGAGAUACUGCCAAUACUUUUUCAUGCCAGGUUUGCAAUAAAAUAUUCACACGGAAAGAUAAUUUAAGGGAGCACUUGAGAACCCACGCCGGAAUGCCUCAAAGAAAGAAGAAAUCCUGUAAUCUUUGCCCUAAACAAUUUUAUACUAAUCAGCAAUUGAUUAUACAUCAACGAAUGCACACUGGAGAGAGACCUAUAGAAUGUGAUUUAUGUACUAAGACCUUCUUGUCAACUUUAGCCAUGAAAAAACACAGAAGAGUUCAUACUGGAGAAAAGCCUUUUGAAUGCAAAUAUUGCCAAAAAAAAUUUGCUGCAAGAGAAACAUUAAAUCGUCAUCAAAGAACUCAUACUGGAGAAAAACCUCAUGUUUGUCAGUACUGUAACAAAUCCUUCAUUCAAGCAGCUCAGCUUAGAGCACACAUUUUCCAUCAUACUGGAGAAAACGGCUUUUAUUGUGAUAUUUGUGGUAAGGCUUUUAACCGAAAAGCCCGUCUAACUAAUCACAAGAAGUUUGUUCACGAAGGAGCUACGCCUUUCAAAUGUGACAAAUGUGAAAAAUCGUUCACACGAAAAGAAGAUUUAUCCAAACACAUGAAUCUUCAUGCCGGUAUUAAACCUCAUAAAUGCGAUACUUGUGGUAAAUGUUUCGCGGCUAAGUCAUCUUUACAAGCUCAUUUGAAUACCCACAGGCGUGAGCCGCCACAGUCAUGUGCUGAAUGUGGUAGAGCAUUUAUUCGACAAGAUUGUCUCAUGCGUCACAUCCGUGCAAAACAUAGAGAUCUCUUAGAAGAUGUACUCGGUGAAGCAGAGAAGAAGCAUUUACAAUUACAAAUGUUUAAUAUUGCUUAUGAAGCUGCUGAAAAGUCAAAAAUAGGAGAAACUAAUAUUCUUUCUACAGACGAAUUGAUGAAGGCUAUUACAGAACUUUUGACAAUAUUAAUUGAAAAAGAAACAUUAGACUUAUUUGGAUGGUGCCAAUCACCUUUGCAAGAAGUUUUGGAAGCUGUUAUUAGAAGAUGUGGACAUGAACCACUCACAGCUGACAGUGACUUAACAUUACCCGAAAGAUUGAGAGGAAACGUCAAACUUUUAUUCAAUGCUGUAAUUGAAGAUGAAAGUGUUAAAUCGUUACUAACUGCGCAAACUGUGGACGAAGUAAUUAUGCACGUUCUUAAAUCAUCCAAAAAAGGAACAGGGGAAAUAGAAGGGUAAAGUGUAUAUG